AUGUUUAAGUUUGAAAUCCUGUUUGUCCUGGCGAUCAGUUUCUAUGAUGUACAAUGUGGAUUUAUGACAAGUCCUUUAGUGAAAAUGAAGUCCAUAAGCAUUUCAGAUUGCGAAGUGACCGGACAGAAAGUCGAUAAAUUUGCUAUUUUACACAAUAUUAAUGACAAUGGUGAUAAAGCUUUGGAUUUUACUUUGGACCUACCAAAUGACAUGGAUCUGAAUAAAGCGACGUUUUCACUUGUUUUAAACAAGUGGGAGGCAGGGAAUUUGAAAAAAGGAAUCUAUUCUGUGGAAGGAACAUUGUGUGAGUACGUUGAAAAGUACAUUGAGAAACUGUGGGACAAUCUUAGGAAGCAAGUUUCACCUCCCAUCUCAGAGAAAUGUUCUAUUCCAAAGGGCGAGUAUUCUGUAAAGAACUUCGAGGCGUCUGUGUCAGAUGUUUCGCUGCCUUCAAUGUUGUACGGAAAUUUUCAGAUUGUUUUCAAGAUCUAUAAUGAAGAUGACCAAAAUAUUCUUUGUAAACAGUAUGAGGUUAAUACAAAAAAUUAAUGUGUGAGA